AUGAGUAAAGGGAAGUUGAGGACAGCAUUGAAGAAUCAGAAGUCUUUCGAGGCUUCCAAUAAGGUUCAGACCUCCAAAAAUAAAAAGAAGGAGACCAAGCAGGUCGAGAGCGAUUCAGAACAGGAGGUAGAUGCCCAAGAUGAGGUCAAUGAACAAUCCGAUGAGGAGGUUGAGCAGACCGAGACUCCAUUGUCCAAGAAGCAACAGAGAAAGUUGAGAAAAUUGCUUGCUCAACAGGCUGCUGAGAAUGCUGCUGCUGAGGCUGAGGAAGAUGACGAGGAGGAUGAAGAAGACGAGGAGGAGGUGGACUAUGACGUUUUGGCAGCCAGCGAGAGCGAGAGUGAUAUUGAUGAUCAAGAUGACGAUCACGAAGAUGACGAUGAGGAAGAUGGCGAUGAAGAGAAGGAUGAGGAGGAGGAAGAAGAAGAGGAAGAAGAGGAAGAUGUUCCUAUCUCAGAUGUGGAGCUCGACUCAGACACCGAUGUUGUCCCCCACAGCAAACUUACUAUCAACAACACAGCCGCUUUGAAGGACUCGUUGGCACGUAUCCAGCUUCCUUGGGCCAAGCACUCGUUCGUGGAGCACCAAUCCGUGAUGAGUGCCGAGAAGACCGAGCUUGGAAUCAAGGACAUCUAUGAUGACACCGAGAGAGAGUUGGCAUUCUAUAAGCAGGGCUUGGACGCCGUGAAGCAGGCCAGAAGCACGCUAUUAAAAUUGAAGGUGCCUUUCUCCAGACCUCUAGAUUAUUUUGCCGAGAUGGUCAAGAGUGACGAACACAUGGACAAGUUGAAGACCAAGUUGUUGAAGGAGGCUGCUGACAAGAGAGCUUCGGAGGAUGCCAAGAAGCAGAGACAGUUGAAGAAGUUCGGUAAGCAGGUGAUGCACGCCACAUUGCAAGACAGAGCCAAGCAAAAGAGAGAGACAUUGGACAAGAUCAAGUCGUUGAAGAAAAAGAGAAGUGCCAACGAGAUCGCCAACGAUGACGAGUUCCAGAUUGCAUUGGAGGAGGCCACCGCUGAGAAUCCAAAGAGACAGAAGCCUAACGGAAAGCGUUUGGCCAAGGACGCCAAGUACGGCCAUGGAGGAAAGAAGAGAUUCUUGAGAAAGAACGAUGCUGAUUCGUCUGCUGACAUUUAUAACAACAGAGGCAAGAAGGGUAAAACUGCCAGACCAGGUAAGAGCAAGAGAAGAAGAAACUAG